CCCACCCCCACCCCCCACAACGGCCGCCAACGGCCGCUCGCGCGCCCGGCCCGGCCCGGCCCGGCCCGGCUGUGGUAACGGCGGCGGCGAUGUCGAGGAGCUCCCGGGCGGUGCUGGCCGUCACCGCGCUCCUCUCCGCCGCCACCGUGGCGGCCGUGCACGUCCAGCAGCGGCGGGAGCAGGAGAGGCUGCACAGAGGAGUUCUCAGAGAUCUGGAGCGACAACAUCAGAAGAAGGAAAAUAUUCGCCUGUUAGAAGAGCAGAUUGCUUUGACAAAGCAGCUUAAAGAAGAAAGAGACAAGAUGCUCAUGGAGAAGGGCUCCCAGCAGUCCUAGGCAGGACCUGAGGCAUUAGAGUAACUACUCGCAAGUGUUUCAGUAAACAGA